UGUGAGAAAAAAAGUCAUAGUUUUUGGGGCUGGGUUUCUCCGUUUGCCUAUAAGACAGAUUUCCUUGCUGAUGUAGUCACCAAAAUUGACCCCAAGCUGAUCCUGGUGGUCUUACCCCGCUUUGCACUGGUGCAAGUUUUUGCCAGAAUCCUGAAGGCUCCUGAAUCCCAAAAUAUCACCUUUGGGUCUGUGGUGACAUUGCGGUGCGCAGCGACCGGCCUUCCAGUCCCCACUGUCACCUGGCUGGAAAAUGGGAAAGCUGUUUCUGCAGGCUCUAUAGCAGAGAAUGUCAAGGACAGAGUGGUUGACUCCAGAUUGCAGGUGUAUGUCACCCGACCCGGCCUAUUCACUUGCCUUGCCACGAACAAACACAGCAAAACUUUUGGAGCCGCCAAAGCUGCAGCAACCAUCAGUGUUUCAGAGUGGAGCAAGCUAUACAAGGGUGAUGCAGGCUACUGCAGCAUGUACAGAGGUGAGGUGUGUAGUGGUAUCUUGGCAAAGGAUGCUCUUGUUUUCUUCAACUCCUCCUAUGCUGACCCAGAGGAGACCCAAGAGCUGCUUGUGCACACUGCCUGGACUGAACUGAAAAUGGUGAGUUCAUUCUGCCAACCGGCUGCUGAGUCUCUGCUGUGUAACUACAUCUUCCAGGAGUGCAAUCCCUCAGGAGCUGGCCCAGCUCCAAAACCAGUGUGCAGAGAGAAUUGCCUUGCUGUAAAGGAUCUCUACUGCUUUAAGGAAUUGCUCUCAAUGGAGGAAAACUCUCAGAAGGGGAUUUACAAGCCAGGGCUGAUGCUGCUGACUCUUCCUGAAUGCAACAGGCUGCCCAGCCUCCACCAGGACCCCAGCGCCUGCACCCACAUCCCUUUCUUUGAUUUUAAGAAGGAGAAUAUAACCAGGACUUGCUACAACAGCAAUGGACAGUCUUACCAGGGCUGGGCCAAUGUCACAGCCUCUGGCAUUCCCUGCCAGAAGUGGAGCGACCAGGCUCCCCAUUUGCACAGGAAGACUCCUCAGGUUUUCCCUGAGCUGUCUGAUGCCGAGAAUUACUGCCGCAACCCAGGAGGUGAGAACGAACGUCCCUGGUGCUACACGAAAGACCCAUCUGUGACCUGGGAAUACUGCAACGUGUCUCCCUGUGGAGAUGAGUCAUUAUCACUAGGAACAAGAAAACCAGUUGGAGAGACUCCAAAUCUGCCCCCUCCUCCUCCAUUUUCCCCUACCUACUCCAUGACUGUUAUCAUCUCCAUCAUCUCCAGCUUUGCCCUGGCUGUGAUCCUCAGCAUUGUGACCUUGGUUUGCUGCCGUCAGCGAAAGCAGUGGAAAAACAAAAAAAGGCAGUCAGAGACACCAACGCUCACCACUCUGCCCUCUGAACUCCUCCUGGACCGGCUGCACCCAAACCCAAUGUACCAGAGGAUGCCCCUUCUCCUCAAUCCAAAAUUGCUCAGCCUGGAAUACCCUAGGAAUAAUAUUGAAUAUGUGAGAGAUAUUGGGGAAGGAGCAUUUGGGAGAGUCUUCCAAGCCAGGGCUCCAGGUCUGCUGCCAUUUGAGUCUUUCACAAUGGUUGCAGUGAAAAUGUUGAAGGAGGAAGCGUCAGCAGACAUGCAGGCUGACUUUCAGAGGGAGGCAGCCCUCAUGGCAGAGUUUGACAAUCCAAAUAUCGUCAAGCUUUUAGGUGUGUGUGCUGUUGGGAAACCUAUGUGCCUGCUGUUCGAGUACAUGGCCUAUGGGGAUCUAAACGAGUAUCUGCGUGACCGCUCACCUCGCAACCUCUGCAGCCUGGUGCAUGGGAGCCUGGAUGAGCGGAUUUGCCUCCCCAACCCUCUGGCGCUGUGCUGCACCAGCCAGCUCUGUAUUGCCAAGCAGGUGGCUGCUGGCAUGGCUUACCUCUCUGAGCGCAAGUUUGUCCACCGGGACCUGGCUACCAGGAACUGCCUGGUGGGGGAGAACAUGGUUGUAAAAAUAGCUGAUUUUGGUCUCUCAAGGAACAUGUAUUCGGCCGAUUAUUACAAGGCAAAUGAGAACGAUGCCAUCCCCAUCCGCUGGAUGCCCCCUGAGUCCAUUUUCUACAACCGCUACACCACAGAGUCUGACGUGUGGGCCUACGGGGUGGUGCUGUGGGAGAUCUUCUCCUAUGGCAUGCAGCCCUACUACGGGAUGGCUCAUGAGGAGGUCAUCUACUACGUGAGGGAUGGGAAUGUCCUCUCCUGUCCAGACAAUUGUCCCUUGGAGCUCUACAACCUGAUGCGCCUCUGCUGGAGCAAGCUGCCUUCUGACCGGCCAGGCUUUGCCAGCAUCCACCGCAUCUUGGAGCGCAUGUACGAGAAAGCUGUGGAAACCCUGUCAAUCUGA